UGCCAUAUAUGGACAUAACACCGGCGCUGUUAGCAGCUAGCCUUGAACGUAGGUGUAGAGUCGACCGUGUGAAGUAUGACAAGCUCAUUACUAUUAUUUGUGAGCGAUAGUCGUUAACAGGAGUUACGUUGUUUCUUCCCAAACAGCUUUUAAUGAAGUUGUUUGUAAGCAACAGAGCUUCUAGUUAAGUUGUGAGCGGUAGGAGACAGUGGGAGGUGGGCGGAUAUGGUUGAGCUCAGGAAAGAUGUCACUGGAGUGCAUUAUGACAUCUCCACCACCACCUCCUCCUCCUCUUCCUCCUGCUCUUGGACCACCUCCUCCUCUACCUGCUCUCGGACCACCUCCUCCUCCACCUGCUCUUGGACCACCUCCUCCUCCAGUCUCAGCCUCUUUGAAGAAGCUGUAUCAGACUAUAGCCAGUAGCAGGAGUCCUGUAGAGGGGGACCACACAGAGGCUCGCUUACUGCUCGGUCAGAGGGAGAGCAGUUUUAGGAAGGACCUGCAGUGGAUACUGGUGAACACAUAUGUGCCUUCACUCAUCCAAGAUGGUCCACAGUGUGGUCUGGUGGCUUUGUGGAUGUCUGCUCACCUUCGUCAGCCACAGCUGAGUGUUGACAUGGAAACUGUGGUUCAAACAGCAUUGAGCAGGGGAUACACGGCACAGGGUGAAAUGUUUUCAGCUGAAAACAUGGCCCUGCUGGCAGAGGAGGUUUGUGGCUGUAAGGCAGAACUGCUGUCAGGGGGCUUAAGAGGUAAUAAUGCUGCUACCAUCAUCACACACCUGUGGGGGAGACAGCCUGUUCUCAUCCCAUAUGACGAGGACUACAACCACGAGCCGUGCCAGCGCAGCGGCCACAGGGCGCACUGGGCAGUCGCUUCAGGUGUUCUCCUGGGUUUGGAGCCAGGCAGCGUGAUCAAAGAGCACACUCAACCUGAUCCCACUCUACCCUGGCUCUCCCUCGCCACUGACAGCAGCUCUCCGUCUCCUGUCGGUAGCACAGCGGUUGAAGAGGUUUACAUCCUGGCUAAGCAGGGUAAAAGCCUGCGUUACCAGCUGUGGAGUUUGGACAGCGUAGCUCAGAGCAACGAUCAGCUGAAGACAAUGGACCCUCAGAGAGCUGAUGACGAGAGCCGGUAUGUGGUUCCUCAAGGAGGGGUGGAAGCCGGGCUGGCUGGACAGGCUGUGUUGCUGCACACAAGGACACAGGAGCAGGAAUGAGUGUGAUGCAGGUUGUGUGGAGAACAAUGGCUGUCAUCUAAGACUCAGAAAACACUCUGAUCUGUUGAGUGAACUCUCACGGUGCAAUGUUACUGAUACCAGUUCAACACAUUUAAAGUUGGGUUUUGUUUUUACAGUUGUGGGUUAUAGACAAUCUGAUGUGUGCCUGACAUCCUCAAGUAUUUGAAUCAAUCCAAAAGGGCUUCAAAGUGUUCAGUAAUUAUGCUGUUUUCAACAGUUCUGAUGUUGUUAUGGUUAAAUGUUGUUACAAUAGGAGAUUAUUUAAAUUAGGUAUCCACAUAUUCUGCUAUACUGGGGUCAUCAAGUCCCUUUAAGUCUCUUGUUUGCAAAGAGUGGUGUGGGCAACUUGAUGCAUGCCUUAAUACAUCAUCAAAAAUAUUUGAUUUACAGUGUUGCAUCAAUAUGAUGAGAAAAGCUAGAUUCUUUUUCACUGGAUAAACCAAAAACAGAAAUUUUUAUCUGGUUAUUUUCAGUUUAACAAUCUCCAGAAGAUACACUUAUCAGUGUACAUUACUUUUAUUUAAGUUGAUAAACUGAAUACAGUUUUUAUGGAGAAUUUAAAUUUUGUCUUGCAGGUUUAAAAUCUCUUGGUGCUUAAUACAUCACUGACUGAAAGGAAUAUAUAUAUUUAUACAGCAAAUUAAAUUCUUGAUUCAUUA